AUGGACCCUGGAUGGUGGUCCAAUUUCACCAAGAAUCAGGGAAAGAAUAAGCGUGAGAACCAGACAGAGAACAGGUUAGAAAUCUUGAACCAUGGAAACCCAGAGACCAAUAACGAGGAAGAAGAACAAAACGAACAAGAACAAAGAAUGGUGGAGGAAACAUUCAAAACAGAGAAAAAACACCAAGAAAGAAACUUUCUACAGGACUGGGUGGAGGAAAACAACCUAUCAAAAGAUAAGGAGAAUAGCAAGAGCAACUCAAAGAAUAACAGGGGAAAAGAAGGGUGCUCAAAACACUUUGAAACUAAGAAUAAAUCUAAGACAACAACAACCAACGGAAUAGAGGAACGUGUUAAGGGCAUGAAUAAGACGAGCCAGAAUGAAACGCUUAGUAGCAAUCCUACUGCAAAAAUGCUAGGUAAACAGAAGGUCAACGAAUUGGUGGAAAAAUGA